AUGAAAGGGCCUGCGACCAUGACUCUGCUUCUCCUCUCCCUGGCACUUUGCUGGUCUUUGGGGAUGGCUUCAGACAAUGAAUUUUUCUUGGAGUUUCUCCAGACACUGCUGGUCGGGGGCCUGGAAGACCUCUAUGAAGGGCCACUGGCCUCCUAUGAUAUCAAUCCUGAUUGCAAGGCCGCCAUGUCUGAACUCAAGUCAUGCAUUGAUAACCUAGCUCCCAUGCACAAGGCUGAAUUGGUCAAGCUGCUGGUAUGA